AUGAGUGCAGGGGACAUGGGAGAGGCUGCAUCUCCCGUAGCAGCUAGCGAAUCCCAGCUUCAGCAGCAGCAGGAGCAGCAGCAAAUGCUGCCUAAACAGCAGGAUGCAGAGCAACAGCUGGACCAGCGUUCCGUGCCGGAGGAGAGUUUGAAGAGGCCCGACCAAGAGGAUAUGCCACAGCAACAGCAGCAAGAGCAACAGUUGCAGUCGACGACGGCGAAUGGGGAACUCCCGCAGCAGCAGCCACACCACCAGGAGCACCGUGAGCAGGAGGAGCAGCAGCAUGCGCCCCCGCCACAGCCGGCGCAGCACGAACAGCAGGAGCAGCAGGACCAACCGCAGCAGGACCAACAGCAGCCGGAACAGCAGGAGCAGGGCCAGCAGCAACAGGGCCAGCAGCAACAGGGCCAGCAGCAACAGGGCCAGCAGCAACAGGGCCAGAAGCAGCAGGGCCAGAAGCAGCAAGGCCAGCAGCAGCAGCAGCAGCAUCCUUUGCCGCACAAGGCGCCUCCUGUGGAGGUGAAGUUAUUUGUGGGGCGUGUACCACGGACUGUUCAAGAAGAACAGCUGAGGGACAUCUUCUCUCAUACAAUGGGCUCUUUGGCAUUUGCGGACGCGGCGAUUCGCGCUCUCCAUGGCACGCUGUGUCUGGAAGAGGGCGCGAGUGCAUUGGUAGUAAAAUAUGCUGCAGGGGAAGCUGCGCGGUUGGGGCUGUCUGCUGCGGCAGCAGACGGAGGAAUAGACAAGGCGAAGCUGUUCGUGGGAUCGAUCCCCCGCGCAGCAACAGAAGAGGAGCUGCGCUCCUUUUUCAAGACCUUCGGGUCAGUGGAGGAGGUAUUUAUUUUGAGAGACAGCGGCAGCGGGGGGGGCAAAGGAUGCGCCUUUAUUAAGUACCGCUAUAAAGAAGAGGCAUUGCAUGCAAUUAAAACUCUAUCCGGGAGACACACGUUUAAGGGCUGCAACAGACCCGUUGACGUCCGCUUUGCAGAGACAAAGGUCAAACAGCCGCAGCAGCAGCAUCACCUGCUGCAGCAUCAACUCGGGCUGCAGCAGCAUGCGCGGCUCUCCCCAGUAGCCGCGGCAGCAGCAGCAGCUGCUGCCAAAAACUACAACCCACGACAAGCGGGACCCUGGAGAGAGUACUUUACUUCCGACUGCAUGCCUUACUACCACAACGAGACAAACAACGUAACGACAUGGGAGAAACCAGCGGACUUCGAUGCAUUGUGUGGGGUGAGCAGCAGCGGGAGGAGCGGCUGCUGCAUGCAGUCGGGAAACGAUCCCACGGGCCCCCCCGGCGCCAACAUAUUCAUUUUUCAUAUCCCUAAGGAUUGGGGGAGACAGCAGCUGCUGAGUGCCUUUGGAGGGUUUGGCGCCGUUGUCUCUUGUUACGUAGCGCUAGACAAGGAGAGCGGUAGGAACAAAGGGUUUGGUUUUGUUUCUUAUACUACUCCUGCUGCUGCUGCUGCGGCUGUCAAUGCUAUGAACAACUGUGUUGUCAGCAACAAACGUCUUAACGUAUCCAUUAAAAAAGGAGAAGAGAAACACGCAGCACUCCACCUCCUCUCCCCAGCAGCUGCCCAGCAGGCCAAGCGACAGCAGCAGCAGCACCAGCAGCAGCAGGCGUUGCAGCAGCAGCCGCACAUGCAGCUCCAACAGCAGCACAACUUCCAGCCCCAACAUCAUACCAUCGCGCAGCAACAGCAGCCUUAUUGCGUCCCUCCCGUUUGUUCCCCCAUGCAGCCGCAGCAAGAUGACUCCAACGAUACCGCGGCAGUGGCAGCAGCAGCAGCAGCAGCGCCCGCAGCAGUUGUUGGAUACAGCGCUGGCCAGCAGUUGUCCCCUUACGCAACGCAACCCCAACAUCAAUUCCCGCAUUGUUAA